AUGAGCGACUUCUUGGACCCAUCCACCCCGUCUCACAUCUCUAUAAUCCUUGUACUUCUCCCUCGCUUGCUUGCAUACGCCAUCCCAACCACAACAUACGCACCCAACGACAAUUUCUUCAAUAUGCCCCCCUUCCCUUUUCCGGCCGAAAUCACUAUCCGCGUUUUCGCACUUAGUCUACCCGAGGACGAUGAACCGUUCAAUCUCGCGCGGACACGCAUGUCCCUUGUUCGGGUCUGCCGAGUGUGGCGAGAAAUUGCUACAGGUACCCCUCAGCUCUGGACGAAUAUCAGUCUGCCUUUCGUAUACGUGGGCCGCCGAGCGCUCAGGCUGAAACCUUCAACCUUGUACACCUGGCUCCUAUGGUCGAGCCGUCAGCCCCUUACGAUCUCUCUCGCUGUUCCGCCAUAUGACUCUGCACAGUUGGAAGAGGCAUACGUACAAGUUAUUACGGCGUUCUGCGGGUACUGGAAGAACGUCACGCUAUUGCUAACCCACGGACAGGCAAUGGAAGCUCUAUGUGUCCAUUUCGAUCGCGCCCUCAAACUCAACAACUACCAUAACGUCCUGCCCAAGCUUAGCCAGUUCGUGUUCGACCUCCGAGGCGGGUUCGGCGCGACAAACCCCUAUGUUCACCGUGACUCCCGGAGUGUCCCAGUGUACGAUGCGCUUUCCCGGUCUUCCAACUUGCAGACUCUUUCGGUCGCGAAUUGGGGCGCUCUCGACACCACGACCCGCCCAUCUCUAGCCCCACUCACAUUUGCACCAACACUUCGCGCCCUCAAGAUCGUACACGACUAUCACGAGAUGCCGCAGGCCUUACUUGGAUAUGAUCUUGGGGGUCUUUUGGGGCUUGUAGGCGGAUGUGAACGUCUGGAAUCUCUCACCUUGGCAUUUAGCAACGUCAACUUUGUAGGACACUCAGUCUUGCCUCUACCAAAGCUCAAAUCGUUGCGAAUUUUGGCGGCAGACGUUGAUACCCUGGCCGCCUUGGCCUCUUCCUUCCACGUCCCCAACCUGACCACACUCUCCCUUGGGAUUGAAUCGAGGGAACACGAGGAAGGUGCCGCAGAUAUACUCGGUCCGCAUUUUCUUCGCCUUUUGCAGGACUGUGCGCAUACGCUACAAGACCUCACUCUUCACGUAGCAGGCCUUUUUGAGGAGGAUGCAAACAAAAGGGCUCUUGCCAGUCUUCCGGUACUUUCUUCUUUAGUCGUGGGCCACAUCUACUUCUUGGACGAGUGGGCCGAGAUUUUCAGGCUCCUGAAAUUCGACUUCAACAAUCGAAAACCAACCUUCCCGGAGCAAAACCUCGUGCUGCAGCGCCUUGUCUUCGAACUCGACGUGGUCGAUCCCAUUCCAGCCGACGCAUACCCAGAGGAUAUCGAAGAUUUUCUGACUUCUUUGGCAGAUAUGGUACUCUCUCGUAGGGCAGAGGCUAUUCCGCGGAAUGCGAUUUCGAUCGUCCGUAAGCCCAUCCGGCCAUUAUCAGUCGUAGGAAUGGGAAGGACGCUCGUCGGCUUGUAUACACGCUCAGAGCCUUAUGCAGCGAUGCCUGUCGUGGGGAAGGCGUGGAGAUCGCUGAAGAGCUUUGUAGACUGCAAACUGUAUGACUCGCUUGAAUGGCAAGAAUGA